AAGGAAAACAGGGAAUGAAGAAGAGGAAGAAGACAUAGUAGAUGGAUAUAUAAUUGGAUCAGAGACUUUAUAUUUUAUACGUUAUUUCAGGUAAGAAUUGGGACAGCUUUAUCAGGAAGGUACAUGGUGGAAAAUGGUACUCCUCAGGGCAGUGUCAUAAGUCCAAUAUUGUUUUCCAUUAUGAUUGUGUUCUCUCAAGUUCAGGAGUAUUGUGCAGGUCCCCCUUAAGGGAAAGGAAUAUUCAUCAUACAUUAGGAGAAAAUACAGGCAAUUCAUGUUGUAGAAAAUGGUUAGUUAUAUAGGGUUUCAAGUUCUCAGUGUAAAAUACAUGUUGUUAAGAUGACCCUCAAUGAUUUUGAAGUUGAUCUGAGGAAAGCUGUAGGAGGAGUUCGUUAAAAUACACAACGUGUAAAAUGGCCAAAAUGGCCACUAAAUCCAAAAUGGCAGACUUCUUGUUGCGUUAAUCAAAUUGGUGGCACACACUUUAUUUUCCGUCCGGUCAUGCCGCACAUGUGUUCCAAAUUUCGUGAAGAUCGGUGAAACCAGAUGGAAUUGCUGCAUUUUAGGGGGCGCUGUUGAGCCUUUUUGCCACACCCAUUUCCAAUUACUCCAUAAUACGUACAUUAUCACCAAGCCUGACGCGCCCGCAAAAUUUGGUGAGAUUUCGAGUAUGUUCAAGCCGUCAUUAAUGCGAUUCAUUCGCCUGAAUAAUCAAACGAAAAGCAAUAGGGCCGGCGCACUGUCGGUGCUCGGGCCCAAAUUAACAAUGCUGAGUAUGUACAUUAUAUACACCUUUCACUGUAGUGGUUUGUAUAGAAAUGAUAUAAAGUUAAGUAAGGAAAAGUGCAGUGCACAAACAAGUAGAAAAACCAUUUGUACAUAAAUACAAGGAAAUAUUGGGAUGUGCAGAUUACAUCUGCACAUCAGGUGAUUCUGUUUUAAUAUUAACUGAGCUACCGUCCAUGAUUUGAGCCUGGUUAUUAUCUUGUGAAAAACAGCGUAAGGAAGGGGAGGCUGUCAUGUCUGAGCUGCAGAAAGAUAAACAUCAGAAACGAGAGAAGAAGACGGUGAAGAUUCCCUCAGAGGCAAGUCAUGGAGUCAAAGGCAAGGAAACCACUGGCAAGACUCAGGAGUGAGUAAACUGUGCAAAUCACACUGGAAAGUACCAUUUUAUAUCUUCCUUCCAUCUUCAGUAUAUAAACUUAGUCUGUGACUGAUAUCGACCAUGUAAGUUUUAAACAGCCUUUUUUUUGAUUAUCACUUCUCUGUAAGUCAACCAGAUGAUGUAAACACCUCAUUCUUCUGUCACCUUAUUCACCCUGAUCCUGUCUUUCAGCGUCGUGGAUAUUGAGUCACCCAGCGAUGAAGUAGGACACCAUGACGAGGCUCGUACGGUGGUGAAAAUGGAGAACACCUACCAGACAGGACCUUACAAACGCUUCCCUGUCGGUACUGUCACAGACAUACUGAAGGACGUACUCACCACUUACCUCCAAGAAGAGAGAUAUGAAGUGGAGUGGUCCCAAAAAAUGACAAAAACAAUAUGUGAGGUGACACGAGCCCGUGUGAAGGAUCUCAUGAUUCCCAGAUAUAAGGUGGUCGUCCUGGUCCACAUCGGCCAGCUCACUGGGCAGAGCAUGCAAAUCAGCAGCCGCUGUCUGUGGGAUAAAUCCAACGACACCUUCGCCACCUACUCUAUCAAGAACAGGUCUCUGUUUGGAAUGGCAACUGUCUAUGGUGUUUACUUUGACUGAAUCCCCGAAUCCCCUGAAUUGUCAUUAUUCUGACAAUGUUUUAAACUUAAUUUCAAUGAAUGACUGUGACGGCUGGAUGAUGAGCUCUUGUGGAUGUUCCCCUCUAGCAGAGCAUAGAGAGGUCACUCCGUCGACAGCUUAGUUGACAGCACACUGUUAAAAGUGCUUGUACACCACUGCUCGCAGGAAGGCCCGAGCACACAGCCUCAGUGUGUUCGCAUCAUCCUUUGUCUGAGCCUGCGCUGCACAGGACACAGACAGCAGCAUCGCCAGCAGGAGUAAGGAACUCAUGGAGCUAAAAGAAGAUACUGCACCAAGAUGUUAUUUGCAGUUAGUUUAGAGCAAUGAUUCAAUGUGUUUCUGUUGACAACGCUUUUGUUCUUUUGCCUUAUUUAUGAGAAUUCAAUAAGUCCUCCAGUAUUGGAGGAUUUACUCUAAGUUU